AUGGAUGGAGCCUUGGGGUCUGUGACAGGAGGAUGUGGGUUUGUGGGGGAGAGGAUUGUAGAGCUCCUGUCUCAACAAAACUACAUCAAAGAAGUCAGAGCUUUUGAUUCAGUAGCAAGAGAAGAAGUAGAAAAAUUCAGCACAGGCACUGAAAAUGUGUUAAGGGCCUGCUGUGUCCUGAGCAUCCCAAGCCUGCUCUACACCAGCUCCAUCGCUGCUGUGGGACCCAACACCCCCUGUGAGCCCCUGCUCAGGAGAGGGGAUGAGGACACUCGGUGCAGCGGGGAAGUGGAGCUGCCCCACGGGAAGGCAAAAGCCACAGUGGAAAAAAUUGUGCUUGAAGCCAACAGAGAAAAGGUGCAAAAUCCACAUGGUGGCACCCUCAGAACCCGUGUCACCCAUCCCAGCACGGUGGAUGGGGGAGGGCAGCUCCCUGCAGGAGCUGUGUUUGCUUCCAGAGCCAGGAAUGGUGUUCUGAACUACCUGGAGCCUGAAAACACCCAGAGUAAUCUCACCUACGUGGGGGAGGAAUGUGGCCUGGAUGCAUGUCCUUGCAAGGACCCUGCAAGGGUGGCAGGAAAGGUGCAUUACUGCUGUGACGACUCCCCGAGCAGGAAGGGAUUCCAGCUGCUGUGCAGCACAGACCCCUCGCUGGGGCUGGGCUCACACAUCCCCUGCUGGAAGAUGUGGUUGAUGAUAAAGCUGCACAGGAUCAUCAGGGACAUCCUGUGCCCUUUCUGGAGGCCACUCACCACCUUCUCCUUGAGACAGACCAGGCAUUCUGAAUACAAACCCCUCUUCACGGGGCAGGAGAGCAGGCUCAGGACUGCACAGUGGCUGAAAGCAGCUGCAGGGAGCCUGGGACCCCCCAGCUGCAUGGAAAGAACUAAACAGCAUUUUUGGGAAAGCAACUUCAAGUGA